AUUUGAUAUUUUAACCUUCUUUCCCAUUAUUAGCAAAUUCCGUAAAACACCUUCUCACACAAGAACCCAAUCUCCGCCUCCGGCCACACUCUAAUUUAUCGACCUAGGGUUUUCAGUCGCCGGGAAAAAAAUCGAUUUUCCGACGAAUCUAUCGAGGUUAUUGAGGAUUUGGAUGAGAAUACAAGAUGCCGCCAAAGCAAUCCAAAGCCGAUGUUGCAAAGAAGCAGAAGGUAGUCGAAGACAAGACGUUCGGUCUUAAGAAUAAGAACAAGUCGAAGAAUGUUCAGAAAUAUGUUCAGUCUUUACAGCAAAAUGUUGUGCCUAAACCUGAUGCUAAGAAACUUGACGCCAAGAAAAAGAAGGAAGAAGAGAAAGCUAGAGAGAAAGAGCUUAGCGAAUUGUUCAAAGUUGCUAUUAGCCAGCCUAAAGUGCCUCUAGGUGUUGAUCCAAAAUCUAUCUUAUGUGAGUUCUUUAAGGCGGGGCAAUGUGUUAAGGGUUUUAAGUGCAAGUUCUCUCACGAUCUGAAUAUUCAGCGAAAAGGAGAGAAGAUUGAUAUUUUCAGCGAUAAGCGUGAUGAAGAUGGAAAGGAAACAAUGGACGAUUGGGAUCAAGAGACAUUGGAGAAGGUUGUGGCAUCAAAAAGUCAGGAGUAUAACAAGAACAAACCAACUGACAUUGUAUGUAAAUUCUUUUUGGAUGCUGUGGAGAAGAAACAGUACGGUUGGUUUUGGGCCUGUCCAAAUGGUAAAGAAUGCCAUUACAGACAUGCACUUCCUCCUGGAUAUAUUCUCAAGUCACAAAUGAAAGCAUUGUUACAAGAGGAAGCUGACAAGAUGCCUAUUGAAGAAGAAAUUGAUGAACAGCGUGCAAAAUUGACUGCUUCAACUCCCUUGACCACUGAGUUAUUUAUGGAAUGGAAAAAGAAGAAGAUGGAAGAAAGAGAGGCCAGCUUGGCCAAGCAAAGGGCAGAUAGAGCUAAGAAUGAUCGCAUGAGUGGUCGUGAGCUGUUCAUGUCGGACGCUAGCUGGUUUGUGGAUGAUGUGGGGGCCUAUGACCAGUAUGAUAGGGAAGAAGAGUCUGCUGAACUCCCAAAGGAGAACAAGGAUUCUGCUAAAGAAGAGGCAAGCUCCUCGACGUCAGCCCAGAGGAAUAUUGAUGAUGGUGGUGAGGCUCCUCCUAAAGACCAAGUGGAUGACAUUUAUGAUGACGAUGACGAUGAUGACGACUUUGAUGUGGAUGAGUUAAAUGAGCUGGAAGCUAGCCUUUCGAAAACAUCAUUACAAAUCAAUGAACCUGGUAGUCGCGCUUGAUCCUUGGGCCCAAAAUUUAUGCACAUGAUAUACCCUUAUCGGUGCAUGCACGUUCAUGUCUACAUGAUACAAGAUCAUGUUGGCGUGCAUCAGAUAGAAUGGGAUGAAAUGUAAGCAUAUCCGUGUCGUGAUGCCCUAAUAAUUGUUCCUCUAUUUUAUUAGGUUUUACCCUUAUUUCUGAUGAGUUGUGACUUCCUUCUUUCCAGAAUUUUUGAUGAAUUUAACUUCUCUGGUUGUUUUGCUGCCACAUAAGAGAGCUAUCCUUUGUAUUUUACUACUACUACUACUA